UAUCGUCCUACCAUGCAUGCAAACAUGCUAGUAACAGAAACAUACAUUGUGUCGUUUAAAGCGCAGCACAGCAACAGAGCGUGGGUCGCCUGACUUCGUCAAGUUAAACUAGCGCAGACAGCUAACUAAGCGACUUGUGAAAACAUGGUGAGUGAAAACCAAUUCAACCAGCGAAGUGCCAUUUUGAACGCUGUCGUGUUGUGUGCGACCAACAGUAUUUCAGGGAAGGCGGGACUACAGGUCGCACUACCUUGCUGGCUGGAAGUUCCAACAGUGUAAUGUGACAGUGUGAUGAACUUGUUUAUGAAACACACUUGACGAUAGUCGGCCUGAGAGAAACAGCCAGAGAGUUACCGCAGGUUUCUGUUGGUUCUAUUGCGUUGACUGGACACACACACACGUGGAUUUAACCUGCGAAGAUGAUUUAAAGCCCUGACCAUGCUGUAAGAAGAUGCUGUCACUUUUGUAUCAGCAGGGAUGGGUCAGGCAUUGUGGAGGCUGCCUCCCAGACAACAGCAGCAGCUUCAAGAAGAGCUAGCUGACCGACUGGCUGAACAAGGAGGAGGAAGACGAGAGCAAGGAGAGGAUGGAGGUCCCCAGAGGAGAGCUCCUCCACACUGUUACGGCCCUGACAUCUACCAUCUGCUGAGGACAUGCAGGGGAGCUCAUGAGCAGCGUGGUUUUAUAGAUUUGGAGAUGCUGCCACCUGAAUUAGGCAUCACCAUACUGUCAUAUUUGAAUGCUACUGAUCUGUGCCUGGCUGGCUGUGUGUGGCAGGGCCUGGGAAAAGACGAGUAUCUAUGGCAGGGACUUUGUAAGUCCACAUGGGGACACUGCUCCAUAUACAACAGAAGACUACCUGCUGGUUACUCUUACAGAAGACUAUACCUACAACUAGAUGAAGGCAGCCUAACAUUCAAUGCCAACCCACAGGAGGGUAUCAGUUAUUUUAUGUCUAAAGGUAUACUACGUGACCAUCCAACCGAGCUGGCUAAGUUCAUCUUCUACACCAGACGGCUCAACUGGAAGAUGCUAAGAAAUUAUCUGGAUGAGAGGCGGGAUGUCCUGGACGAGUUGGUGACCCUCCAUAAUUUCAGUAACCAGUUCCUCCCCAAUGCUCUGCGGGAUUUCUUCAGACACAUCCAUGCACCAGAGGAAAGAGGAGAAUAUCUGGAAACUCUCAUCACGAAGUUCAGCCACAGAUUUUGUACCUGUAAUCCAGUUCUUGUCCGAGAACUGGGCCUCAGCCCUGAUGCUGUCUAUGUACUGUGCUACAGUCUGAUCCUGCUGUCCAUCGACCUGACCAGCCCCCAUGUCAAAAACAAAAUGUCGAAGAGGGAGUUUAUCAGGAACACUCGCCGAGCAGCACAUAAUGUCUCAGAUGACUUUGUUGGCCACCUCUAUGACAAUAUAUAUCUGAUUGGCCAUGUGGCUGCAUAGCUGCACCAACCAGCGGCCCAGUAUACAUCCUCAUACUGCACUGAAUCACAGGAAGUGGUGAUUGGGACCCUAUACAUGUCUGGAAAGUAUGGAACACUGUGGAACUGGAAUUUUCAUGUCCUUUGAAGAAUGUAACAAUAAAUAAAUCUUAUUUAAAUAUUAGUAAAACAAAGAAAAUUCUCUGCUACACUGUGAGACUAUGACUGUGCUACCAAAUAUUAGUGAUGUUAUUAGCGUAAAAUUACAGGUCUAACAUCAUCUAAAUGUCUUUAAAAGUGAAGAAUGAGGCCGUAUCAAGAGGACGAACUCUGCUACUGCACUGACACAUGGGGACUAAUGAUUGGUGAAGGGUCUAGGAGGAAGGGGAGAACUUCCCUUCGGCUGGUCACAGAUGCUGGAGGAGUUGUGCUGAUUUCCAAUUGGACAGGAGUAGUUUCUCAUUCACUGGUAGGAUAAAGACUGGUCCACCUAUUCUUGUGGGAAGUGAAACAAAGGACCCAGGCUAGCAUAAGAUCAGUCACUAGUAAAGUAUUUACCAGUGUAACCUCUGACAAAGUGUGACUGUGGUCAUAACCAGAAUGUCCAUGUAUCAAGAUUCAACUAGAACAUUUUUUCAUUUUCAUCCUACAUCUCAUACUUUUUCCUUGUGUUUUAAAUUGCUUGUCUAAUGAGUGUCACAAAUUCAUAAGGGGGUGUAUGCAUAGGAAAUCUGAUCACUUGUGGACAGGCUGCAUUCAUAAAAAUGUUUUGAAAAAGAAUGAAAAGAAGACUUUCUAGUUCUGCUGUUGAACUAGAACAUCUUCUAGAAAUGAACAAACCAGAAAUCAGCAGAGGCAGUAGUGGUGUUUGCAGACUCCAAAGCAUUACAAAUUAGAUGUUAUCAAAGCAGAGAUCUACUGUGAGACAAAAGCAGAGGAACUAAUUUGACAUGAAGUGAGUUAAUGAAUUAGAAAGCAGACCAUGCCUAUUAUGAGAGGCCGAACUGUACAAGUUCCCUUGACAGAAAUACAAAAUCUAUGACUCCAUUUACACCUGGCAUUAAAAUGUUCAUGAUAUGGUUUUAACCUGAUUACAUUUACAAGUCAAAUCCUUUGGUUUGUGCUGGUCAAAAAAACAAUUUCAAAAAUGAAGAAUAGAAGAAGAUGAUUGCACUCAAUUUAGGUGUCAUUGUAUUUUCCUGCUUUUCGAUUGGUCUUGGCUACACUCCAUUCAUGGGUGUCUUGAAUAAUGUGAUUUGGAACAGUCUCAUAUGGUCAUUAUUUUAACCCAUGUUGUUAGACUGAUAACACAUUUACACUCAUGUUUAAUGUGGUCACAAUACAACCCUAAGCACCUCCUCAGGUGGUUUGACUGAUCACGGUCAAGAUCUAUCUGACGGCAAUCUGAUCACCCAAAACACAUUUUAACACCAGGUGUCAAUUGGACAUUAAACACCUCAGUGGCAAGCCAUGAUGGUAAAAUGGUAAAUGGAGAAACUAACUUUGCAUCACAUGUUUUAGUUGUUUAUUUUAUAAUAUUUAAGUUUAUAUAUAAUAUAUAUGGGUAUAAUAUUAAUGCUUCAAAUUUAUUCAGAUUGUGUUUCAGUUCAGUUAAUUUUUUUUUCAGCAAGCCAUUCCAUGAGAUUGGCUCUAGAGUUGGAUAAAAAUGUUGGCUGAAGUCAAAUGUGCAGUAUUUGUGAUUCAUUAAUUUACUGUGUCAAAAAAAAAGAAGCUAUAAUUUCAUAUUUUUGCCAAAUGUUCAAGUGCCAAAGUCAAAAGCUUCAUUUCAUAAAAACCCAGUCACUGCUUCCCUGACAUAAUAGAAUAAUCCAUCAUUUUGACUUAGACAAUCAGUUUUAUAAUGACUUCACAACACCACUUCAGAUGUGAUAGGGACAUUCUUCAAGGAAUGAUGAGGACUGCAUGUUUAAUUUAGCAAUUAUAACUAACAGUCCUUGAUAAAAUAGUUAAAUUUAACACCAAACUGAAAUGAAAAGUAAUAGAACAAAAGGGUGUUAUUUAAAUGCUGAUUAUAUUUGUUAUUGGAUGUUGAAAUUGUGCAGGACAACACUACAGUUGAGAAGAUGUGGUGUAAAUCAGCCUAAUAAUGAUUUCCAUAAGAUCCCGAUAUAGUAUUGUCCCUCUGCCAGCAGCUAGCAUGUCACAAUGGCAACUAAAUGUAUAUAGCAGAGACAGGAUGGCAUUGAGGCGGUUUUAUAAUUAAACCUAAUUACCAGGGUAUAUAUCAUCACCUAGAUUGCAAGUUGCAAGACCAAAAUGUACAACUUUUUUAUUUGUCCUUUUGUAAGUAAAUAGAUUCUAAACUUUUCCCAGUUUGGGAUUAAUGACAUUUUUCUUAUCUUAGUUUAUCUUACCAUGGCUUAACUUCUAAUUCAUUAAAAUGUAUUUCAUUGAAGAUUAAUCAUUGCUGACACUGAUUUCAAAUUGAAACUUUAGUGUUCGCUUUCAAUUUUGAAGGAAGCCCACAUCCUGUAAAUAUUUGACGUAUUAAAUCUGGGCUUGACAGUAUUGACAAAUUGUAAUCAGUCACCUUUUCUAUUGAUUAAUUAAUUGAUGAUGGUAGAGCUAUAGCUUAUCACUAAUGCUAAAAUAACAUUAUUUAAUGAUAUUAAUUUGUACACUUUUUAUAUAGUAAUUAAAAUAAUAAUAUAAUAGUUAAACUUUAUGGAUGUAAAUAACUAUUUGUAAAGAAUCAGAUGAAAAAUAUGAAUUUAAAAUCAGAUAAAAUGUUUCAAUGAAAGCACACUGACAGAAUGUGUUUAUCUGAUCCAAGUCAUUAAUCAGUAGUGUUAAUGACUUCAACUUUGAUGAUUUCAAGUCCUGCAACCUAAGUAACCAUAGAGUAGCUUGUUAUCACGCUCCAUCCAAACCAUAGGAUUGUUUUCUUAAUUUAUUUCCUUAACAAUGGCAGGCGAUAUGACACAUAAAAUCCUUUUAUAUGUGCGAUUAAUUUGCAUGCUGUUAAUGUUUUUCGAACUUGUAUCCAGUCAAUGCUUAUAAAUCAGUAAUGGGAUUUUGCUGAGCGAUGUUAAGUAGCAAAUUAAUUGCACAUAAAAUAUUGGUUCUAGAACAUAUAUUGGGCCUCCAAAGACCCUAAGGUUCAGGGAGUGAAUCAUGGUUGGGGCUAAAAUUAGUACUCUGAAAGGUGAGGGGACCCUUGUCGUCAUGGUAACAAUAAUAACUGCAGCUACUCUGUUGUUUUGUCACUUGAACACAAAUCUAUCUAUUGCUGAAACAACUGAUGCUGUCCUACACAACACCACUAGAGGUCAGUCAGUCAGUCAUAUUUAGCUGUUCCAUGAACUAUCAAAUGUAGGUUGUAUUAAAUGUCUUAUACAAAUGACUUGUGGAGUCAUUUUGAUGAUGAAAUGUUAUGCAGACCAUACCAAUGUUCUUUUUAGAGUGUAAGGUUUGGGUUAGGUUGGGGUAAGGUUAGGUGUUUAAUUAUGAUGAUUAAGAUUAAGGUUAUGGGGAUAGUAAGUCAAUGAAUGUGUCCAAAGUUAUAAGGAAACAAAAAUGUGUGUGUAUGUGUGAGAGUGAGAGCAUAUGCAUAUUUGAGAUCAAACAGGCAAAAGAGUAAAUCAUCUCCAGACACAA